GAUCCUGCAAAGAAAACGUAUUUCAUACAGCAGCGGCCUGUGAUCCCACUUGUACGCUGUAAUUAUUUUGUUUUGUCUUUGGUGGAGGAUUUGUCUGUAAUCCAUCACCAACAUGAAACUCGUACGUUUUUUGAUGAAACUCAGCCAUGAGACUGUGACCAUUGAGCUGAAGAAUGGAACCCAGGUCCAUGGGACGAUCACGGGUGUGGACGUGAGUAUGAACACUCACCUGAAGGCGGUGAAGAUGACUCUGAAGAACCGCGAGCCCACUCAGCUGGAGAGCCUCAGUAUCCGUGGCAACAACAUCAGAUACUUCAUCCUGCCGGACAGUCUGCCGCUGGACACCCUGCUGGUCGACAUUGAACCCAAGGUCAAGUCCAAGAAGAGAGAGGCUGUGGCUGGGCGUGGAAGGGGCAGAGGAAGGGGCCGUGGCAGGGGGAGGGGCCGAGGCAGGGGAGGGCCCAGGAGAUGAUCGCCAUGACGACGCAGAUGUCAGUCAUGUCCUACUGUUUGUACAGCAACGUUUUUUUGUCACUUUUUUUCUCUCUCAGGAAACUUUUGUGAAUCCUGAGCCAUGUUUUUAUUUUUUUCUUAUUUUGUACAUUAAAGAUGUUUCACACGAACAGCAAA